UCCUCCUCCUCCUCCUCUUCCUCCUCCUCCUCGGAGACCCCAAGGCCACUGUCUUACACCAGUUCCUGGGCUGUGAUGGGACUGGCAGCCACUGCCCCCUGGCUGUCCUCUGCCCUACCAAGCAGAUAGGGCACCUGCCCCUCUCUCAGCCUGAGCCAACCCUUCUCUGACUUGGUGGCCACCUUUGCUGACCUGAGGCCAUGUAGGGCCCUCACUCAGGCCUGUGGACAUACUGCUGGGGACAGCACCUCUGCUCUCAGAGGGAAGCCAGUGUACCACCAUGUCCUGGGGACUCGCCUGGCUAUACUGUCUUGGGAUCCUCCUUGGCAUGGCCUUGGGGAAUGAGAAUUUGGAGGUAUGGACUGUGACCCAGGAAAAGGAAUGUGAUGUUACCGGCUACCUUCGGGUCAAGCUUCAGUACAAGAAUCGACUUCAGUACAUGAAACACUACUUCCCCAUCAACUACAGGAUUGGUGUGCCUUACGAGGGGGUGCUCAGAGUUGCCAACAUCACCAGGCUGCAGAGGGCCCGUGUGAGCGAGCGGGAGCUGCGUUAUCUGUGGGUCUUGGUGAGUCUCAAUGCCACCGACUCAGUGUUGGACGUGCUGCUCGAGGACCACCCAUCCUGGAAGUAUCUGCAGGAGGUUCAGACCCUGCUGGAGAAUGUUUAUGAGAGCCUCAGGGGUGUGAAGAUUGGCCCUCAGGUGGAAGCUGCGUUGUCUCUCCUGAGUACCCCAGGCCUGAGCCUGAAGCUGGUGCGGCCCAAAGCCUUGCUGGACAACUGCUUCCGGGUCAUGGAGCUGCUGUAUUGCUCCUGCUGUAAACAAAGCCCCAUCCUAAAAUGGCAAGACUGUGAGGUGCCAAGUCUUCAGCGCCAUGGUCCGGAGUCGGUGAUGCAGUGUGCAGCUGCCCAUGUGUACCCUCUACCCCGGCAGCCCCCUACCUCCCUGUCCCCCACCUCCAUGCCUGGCUCCCUGGACUCAAGUACUAGACCCCAGGUCAGGGCACAGGGCCAAGGUUCAUUGCCCUGAGCAGCCUCCAUUGACCCUAUGUAGGGAUGAGUUCCAGGAGCUGGCUGGGGUCUGAGACGUCCCUGGGUGGUGGGUAGGCAGGUAGCCCUGUAGGAAAGGCUCCCCUGGUAAAGGCUUUUUGCCUUUUCCUGCCUUCUGUACCUACUUGGUCUCACCUGGGUCCACAGGGGUCCGGGGUGGGGGGAAGGCUGGUCACUCCCCUCACAGCCACCCCAACCUGUAGGUGGUUCUGAAAUCUGCUGUGCCCCACACAAAUGGUCAGGGAUGAGGGGGACCACAUAGGGCUCCAGGACUCACUGAGGCUUUCCUGCUGUGCUGAGUGUGGGGCACCGGGCUGAGGCCCUAGCCAAAUGCCACAUCUUGCCAGUUGUGCUCUUCCG